AAGAAACCAGGAAGUCAACAUUCAACAACAAACGCAGAGAACACUGCAUCUCCUUCAUCACCGUCGUCUACAAUUCAACAGCUCUCUCUCUCUCUCUCUCUCUCUCUCUCUCAUGGCGCUUCGCCAUAGAAAGUUGAUUGCAGACGAUAUGAAUAUAACCAUAAUAAUCGCCUGUCCAACAGAGUGUGUGCCAACACCGGAUCACUGCUGCCUUGCUUCCUGUUUGCCACUUUGCCCUCUCUUGUGCCUUUACCCUCUUCCACCCUUACCUCCUCCAAAAUCAACUCCUUCCUUCCCUUCCCAUGAGCAUUCGAGCGAAUCCCACAAACCCUCUUCUGCAAUAAUCCUCUCGCUCAUCUUCCUCGCCGCUGCCUUCCUCCUGAUCUGCUGUUCUGCUCUGUUCUUGAAGUUCUAUUACAGGUCAAGGAGAAGGUCCCGGAAUCAGAGGCAACCAGAGGACACCCGCGACGACUUUCUUGAUGAAGAUCACGGGCCCGUGGUGGAUCACCCAAUCUGGUACAUCAACACAAUCGGUCUCCAACCUUCCAUCAUCAGCGCCAUCACAGUCUGCAAGUACAAAAGGGGCGAAGGCCUCGUCGAAGGUACAGAUUGUUCUGUUUGCUUGAAUGAGUUUCAAGAAGAUGAAACUCUUCGGCUUUUGCCCAAGUGUAACCACGCCUUUCACAUCCCCUGCAUCGACACUUGGCUUAGGUCACACACAAAUUGCCCCAUGUGCCGUGCCGGAAUCGUGGUUCCGACAGCCGGUACGCCAGCGUCGGAGCCGGUUGUUGAGAAUUCCGACGCUGGUAGAGAAACUCAAAUGGGGAAUUUGGAGAAUAAUGGGGGAUUUGGAAGGGACAUGGGCAAUGGAAAUGGGGAAGAUGGGGAAUUGAGGACUGGAAAUGGGACAAACAGUUGUGAAAAUUCAAAGGAAGAGGAUAAUGGUAAUCAUCAAGAAGUUGGUGAGGUGCAGCCAAUGAGGAGAUCAGUUUCCAUGGAUUCUGUGUCUGCUUCUGUGAUAAGUCUGGCUCUUGCUAAUGUUCCAGCUGCAUCGGCUGGAAAUUCCGAUACCCAAUUGGCGAAAGUUAACAAAUCAAACAUGGGAAUUGUUCCAAAGAGGGCUGGUGGCAGUCAGAGCUUUGGAAGAUUGAUGGGCAGCUCUUUGAGAGCUAAAGCUGUGCAGCUCAGAUCGAUUUCCAUGAAGAGAUCAUUCUCGUGCAGCUCGAAGUCCUUGUUUUCGACGUAUGGCGGAAGCCAAAACUCAUUUCUUCCUUCUUGAGGAUCCCGGUUUGUUCUUUGUAGUGUCUAUUUUCAAAAGGGAUAUUUGCAAAAUCAAGAUAUCUCUGCAACUCUCAACAAGCUGAGAGUCUCAUAAGUUCUACAACCAAAAAAAGGCAAGAACAGUUACUGUAAUAAAGUCAUAUGAUAUAUAUGCUGCUCAAUUACACACGAGACGAAGGAAUGAGAGGCUAAUUCCAAAAUGGGAAAUUGCCUCAGAUUAAAGUUGUUUGUUGUAUAUGUUGCAGUUUUAAGUUUCUUAAUAAAACCAACAAAUUUUAAUUGCA